UUGUCAUGGUUUGUUUUUAAAUUGGCUAAAGACCUCCUUCAUCCAACUAUUGAACAUGAACGACGACAACACAAGAAGAAAAGACUUGUUCAGAGCCCAAACUCCUAUUUUAUGGAUGUAAAAUGUCCAGGCUGCUACAAGAUCACUACCGUGUUCAGUCACGCACAGACUGUGGUUCUCUGUGUUGGAUGCUCCACCGUGUUGUGCCAGCCUAAAGGAGGAAAGGCCAGACUCACAGAAGGUUGUUCUUUCAGGAGGAAGCAGCACUGA